UUUACUUUCUAUCCGUUGAAACUCCCCUCUCUCUCUCUCUCUCUCAGAAUUUUUUUAAUAUUUUCUCUUCAACCAAACGCUCUGAAGCCAACGUCUCUCGCUUAUCUCAGUGUUCCUCUCCCAUUAUCGACAAAAUAUUCCCGGUCUCACAAACUUCACCUCGCCGGGAACAAUGACGGUUUCCGGCGAAGUACGAGCUUCCGACGAGUCUCUCCCCCACAGGCUCACCUCUAAAACCUCAUUUCUCAACCUGAAACUCUAUGUCGUGGUCGGGAUCCUCCUGCUAUGCGCAAUCGCUGUCCUCCUCACGAUCUUUCUCUGCGUUUGGUUUAGCAGAAAUUCUCGGAAGCGCAAAAUGCGUGUAAAGCACAGCUCGGGGAUGAUCCCGCUGGUCUCGAAAGAGAUCGUGGAGAUCAAGGCCCUGGGCCUCGACGUGAAGUCGGAGAAAGCGGAGGUCAAAAUCGGAAAUGCGGAUUUGAAAGAGGCGGAGCUGGAGGAUGAGGUGAAAGGAGGGAAUAGGAGCGGAGAAAGUGACGUGUCCGGUGGAAGCCGGAGUGACGCGUCUUUGGAUCCCGAGAACAUCGGGUGGGGCCGCUGGUACAGCUUGAAGGAGCUCGAGCGUGCGACACGUGGAUUCGCGAAGGAGAACGUGAUUGGAGAGGGAGGCUACGGCGUCGUUUACAGAGGAGUCUUGCUGGACGGGUCGGUGGUGGCUGUCAAGAACCUUCUCAACAACAAGGGUCAGGCGGAGAAGGAGUUCAAGGUAGAAGUUGAAGCCAUAGGGAAAGUAAGGCAUAAGAACUUGGUGGGUCUAGUAGGCUAUUGCGCAGAAGGUGCUCAAAGGAUGCUUGUGUACGAGUACGUUGACAAUGGGAAUUUGGAGCAAUGGUUGCAUGGUGAUGUAGGCCCAUUUAGCCCUCUGACCUGGGAUAUUCGAAUGAGGAUUGCCAUUGGGACAGCAAAAGGGCUAGCCUAUUUGCAUGAAGGAUUAGAACCCAAAGUUGUGCACCGUGAUGUAAAAUCCAGUAACAUUCUUCUAGAUAGAAAAUGGAACCCAAAAGUGUCUGACUUUGGACUGGCCAAGCUCUUAGGAUCAGAAGCAAGCUACGUGACUACUCGUGUAAUGGGGACAUUUGGAUAUGUCUCUCCCGAGUAUGCAAGCACGGGUAUGCUUAACGAGGGGAGUGAUGUGUAUAGUUUUGGCAUUUUACUCAUGGAGAUAAUUACAGGGAGAAGCCCAAUUGAUUAUUCGAGACCAGCUGGAGAGAUGAACUUGGUUGAUUGGUUUAAAGGGAUGGUAGCAAGUCGUCGUGGAGAAGAGCUUGUGGAUUCCCUGAUUGAGGUUCAGCCCCCUCCGAGAGCUUUAAAGCGGGCAUUGCUAGUUUGUCUCCGCUGUAUCGACUUGGAUGUCAAUAAGCGCCCAAAGAUGGGGCAAAUUGUUCAUAUGCUUGAGGCAGAUGACUUCCCUUUUCGUUCGGUAUUUGUUUCAUGUUCUGCAGGAACAUCGAGCAGCCCGAGAGAAAGACCCCAACCCCUCCCGUGCGGAUAUGUCGACAAAAAUAACACAUUCAUCCAAGAAUGAAGGGGGUGGUGAUAUAGAGAGAUCGAGGUGGAGAUGAUCGUCGUCUAUAUAUAAGACAUGGUAGUCCCUGAGGUCAGAUUAUUUUGUAGUAUAAUUUUCCCUAUAGUUUUAUAGCGAAGAAAUUACAAGCCUUGGAUGUGCAUAUUUUUUUACCUUUUUCAUUUUUAUUGAAUCUGAUACUUUUGAAUCAUGUAUUGUGAAAUUUGUUACAUUGAAACAGGCCGUGUAAAUAUAUAUUUACUUUGACAUGUGAA